ACUUCAUUAUUGGAUGGAUUCUUUUGAGGAUCAGAAAGAAUCAGCUGGUAUAAGCCCCGAUGUUCAGAUAUUGGAAGGGACCAAUAACACAUUGAGUUCUACACUAUCAAAAGUUAAAUCACGACAUAACAAACCAAAGAAGGCGCAUACAACUAGAGUUGCCCCACAAGAUUAUAUUUGUACUGAAGAAGAUAUUGCCAUUGUCGAAUCCAUCAAAUCAUCACCUGAUAAUAGAAUACUUGUGGACAUCGACGAUGCAUUCGUAGACAAGUUCCAUUUCGAAUGCCUUCUACAGCCUAAUGAAUUCUUAAAUGAUGAAGUCAUAAGCGCAUAUAUCCAUUGUAUAAGGGCUAAAGAGCAUCUACAUUAUAGGGCUGGUGGAAAAGUUUUCCUAGAGAAUACUUACAUUUCUAGCAUUCUAAAGCGUGAUGGCAAACUUACGGUGGACAAAAUAGAUCUUAGCCAGGACACCAUCGAAAAAAGGGUGGAUAAUUAUCUGGAGCAUGAUAUGGUAUUCAUUCCAAUUAAUAUCUUACGAUACCAUUGGUAUCUAGCAGUUGUGAACGCCAAAAGAUGUGAGAUACAUGUCCUUGACUCGCUAGGGCCUACAAUGGAUCGUAACGACCUCACUCUUACUAUAAGUGGAUUGGAUAAACAAAUAAAUAUUACAUCAUAG